CUCGAUACGGUGAUCAAAGCCGAUCGAUACGCUCGAAGCAAUGACCGGGACCUUCCGAGUUGGAAUCAUAAAAGUGCGGACAUACAAAACAUCUUUCCAUAAAACAGAAAAAUAAUGGAUGAUCAUAUAAUAAGAUUCUUUGCAAACCAAGCUCCGACCUCACAGCAAGCCAUAGAAUUUAGCGAACUCAUCGUCACCGGCAUUGCGCCGGCUAACUUCAACGAUGCCCUGAAUCACGUUCGUGAUCUCGUCACCCACAAGCACAUUGACUCCGGAAGCGGUCCAGAAGUUACCGUCCGCCACCCAUCGAGCCUUCGUCACCCAUUGGAUGUUUUGAUUCUUUGUCGCAUCCUAAGUAGCCAAAGCGGAAAUGACUUGUCAGUCGUGGCACGCUUGUCUUCGAGCAAGCCUGCCUAGGCCAAGAGCCAGGACCCCGUACAGACCGAUCGGAAACCCUUCACACCUCCAGGGAUGAGGAUGAUGACGAACUUUCGUCACUUUUGACCUCAUCGUAUGCCCUGUCGGGAACGACUAAAGGUCCGAUAUGACUAGCACGGAAUGGUUCGCGCGAGUAAGCUAAGUAAAGGUGCUAAGAGGAUAGGCGAAUUUAGAAAUCGGUUGACAAUUCGGAGGAAUAAGAAGCUGAAGAGCUCGAUAGAUCCCUCGUAGUCCAAAUUGACCACGUUAUCGAAGAGACAAACA